AUGGCUCACCAACAGUGGCGCAGUCAACUGGACUACAUCGUCACACUGCUUGGGUUCAGUGUGGGGUCCGGAACAUUCAUCAAGUUCCCUUUCUACUGCAUGCGCAAUGGAGGAGGUAUUGGCGUGGGAUGUGUGGUGUGUUCGUGGAUGUUCUUCACCUACUACAACGUCCUCUUCGCCUGGAUCACGUACUACUUCUACAACUCCUUUUCCUCCCACCUGCCCUGGGAACACUGUGAUAACGCCUGGAACACCCCCGGCUGUAUCCCGGUCAACCACAGCUCAACCCUAUACAACAUCACUGGCUCGUUUCCUGACACUGCUAAUCUGACUUCCAACUCUACUCCUGGUAUGUCAGCUGCCGAAGAAUUUUGGAGGUUCCAGACAUUGAAAAUCUCCGACGGACUCCAUUCUUUGGGCGGGAUAAGAUGGCAUCUUGCAGUGUGUCUGAUCAUCACCAACAUCAUCCUAUUCCUGUGGAUAUUUCAAGGCAUCAAGGUUUCAGGCAAGCUCGUCUAUGUCACUGUGGGCGUUCCCUACAUCCUCAUCACCGUCUUCCUCAUCCGGGGCUCCCUACUUCCGGGAUCAGCGGAUGGCAUGGCUUAUUACAUCUACCCGAGGUUCGAGAAACUGCGAGACCCCAAGGUAUGGGUGGAAGCUUGCAGCUACGCUUUGUAUUCCAUGGGUGUUGCUUCCGGGUGCAUCAUCACAAUGUCUGGUCACAACAGAAUCAACAACAACUGCUUCAGGUAA